AACAGAAUCCCAUACAGACAGACAUCUGUGGAAGAGGACAGUUAGGAAACCCUGGAUAACACAGCUUCAGGAAAAUGAUGAUGUCUGAGGUCCUGCAGGUCCUCCGUGGGGCAGGUAAAGUGGGUUCUGCCAUGGUCACCACUCAGGGAGAACAGCUGCGGUUAAUGGCCUGCAACUCCUCACUGGGAGCAGGGGCUAAAGUUGCUCAGGAUGUAGUGGAAGGACUGGUGGGCACCUUCAUGGGCGGCAGCAAUACGCAACAGUCAGUUACGGAGGAUGUGUUUCCGGAUGCGGAGGGCUGGGACAAUAUGGAUCCUGAUGAAGCAGCCAAAUGGGCCAUGGGUGCAGAUUUCCAUGCUGAUGCAGCAGACCAAACCCAAACAGAAGCUGGAGCUGCAGGAGUGCACUCUUCCUCAGGGGCAGCUCCAGCAGGGGCGGGAUGGCCAGGGCAGAGCGCUCGCUUCCUCCACACGACCCCCGCCCUCCACCGGUACUACUACUACCAAACUAGAUCCGUCCAUGACACAGUGGUGGCCAGACUCACACCAGAAGACAUCAAGAAGGCCAGGGAGGCUAAGCAGGCCCUGGCCAAACCUGUCAAACAGAAGCUGAGCGACCGUGCAAGAGAGAGGAAGGUGCCUGCCACGAGAAUCAGCAGGCUGGUUAAUUUUGGUGGACUGGCAGUAGGGCUGGGGAUCGGCGCCAUCGCGGAGGUGGCGAAACAGUCGCUGGGAGGCAAACAAAAAGGAGACGCCCUGCUAGACUCUCCACUCCUGUCAGAGGCCAAUGCCGAGAGAAUAGUCAACACAUUGUGUAAAGUCCGCGGGGCUGCACUCAAGAUAGGACAGAUGCUCAGCAUACAAGACAACACCUUCAUCAACCCCCAGCUGCAGAAGAUCUUCGAGAGGGUCCGACAGAGCGCAGACUUCAUGCCUACCUGGCAGAUGAAUAAAGUGUUAGAGCAGGAGCUGGGGCCAGGCUGGAGAGAGAAGCUAUCGUCCUUUGAAGACAGGCCGUUUGCGGCAGCUUCCAUCGGCCAGGUGCAUCACGGGGUUUUAAAAGACGGUAGAGAAAUCGCCAUGAAGAUCCAGUACCCCGGAGUGGCAGAGAGCAUCAAAAGUGACAUUAACAACCUGAUGUCAGUACUGAAAAUGAGUGUGGUUAUGCCAGAAGGUCUGUUUGCAGACAGCAGCCUAGAGGUUCUUCAGAGAGAGCUGGCCUGGGAGUGCGACUAUGUAAGGGAAGCCGAGUGCGCCAAGAAGUUCAGGUCACUACUGGAGGGAGAGGAACGUUUCCAAGUCCCCAACGUGAUCGAUGAGCUGUCAGGGCGCAAAGUGCUGGCCAUGGAGCUGGUACAAGGAGUCCCUCUGGACCGCUGCGUAGACCUGGACCAGGAGACUAGGAACCAGAUCAGUUUCAACAUCCUCGAGUUGUGUCUCAGAGAGCUGUUUGAGUUCAGGUUUAUGCAGACGGAUCCAAACUGGGCCAACUUUUUCUACAACGCAGACACAAACAAGGUGAUUCUGUUGGAUUUCGGAGCGUGCAGAGGCUACCCAGAAUCCUUCACAGAUGACUACAUAGAGGUGGUGCACGCAGCUUCCGUGGGUGAUCGAGCCACGGUUCUUUCCAAAUCAAAAGACCUGAAGUUUCUGACAGGCUUCGAGGCCAAGGCCUUCGAGGAUGCUCACGUGGAGGCGGUCAUGAUUCUCGGCGAAGCCUUCGCUUCCUCCGAGCCCUUCGACUUCGGCACCCAGAGCACCACCCAGCGCAUCCAGAGCCUCAUCCCCGUCAUGCUGCGCCACCGCCUCGCCCCACCGCCCGAGGAGUCGUACUCCCUCCACCGCAAGAUGGCCGGCUCCUUCCUCAUCUGCUCCAAACUAAAGGCGCGCAUAUCGUGCAAGGACAUGUUCUUAAAUGUGUACAAUGCCUACAACCAAAGGAGGCAGGCAGCGCAGGCCAGCGUUUAGACGCUCAGGGAGAACACUUGACCAGAAUCACCUCGAACUCUACAUGGAGACAUAACUGACUCCACCAGAGUGCUCUAAUGAUGACUAUGAGUGUGCUUGACUUUAUCUGCUUGUGUCUUUUCAGUGCUGCAGAUCGCUGACAUCAGUCUGAGGGUGUAAUUACACGUCACUCACUGACUCAUCAAGGCUGGAUUAUGCUGUCUCACGUACAGACAGACAUACUGUAUAUAGUUAAUAACUAUAAUGACUUAGAAUGGAAUUGCUAUGAAAAUAAUGGUGAUAAUUCCGUCAUAAUGAAUGACUAUAUAAGGGAUUCAGUGUGUACCUUAAUUGAAAAAUUUAUAUCAUUGUGAGGGUUGGUUUGUUUUUCUCAUCAUAUUAACUGUUAUACAUGUCAACAAACACUCUACAUACAAAGGCUGCUGUAAAUUUCAAGCCAGCUUCAUCUGCAAGUUUCUGAAGGCAGGAUAUAUAUUUCCCAUGUGCUUCCAUGGCUAAAAUUAACUCACGCUGGCUCUUACUCACUCUGACAGCAAGGUCCAACAUAUUUCUAAAGAGAAUGGGUAUGUUCUGUCUUAAGGGCAGAUAAUAAGCCCUGUAAUGCCUAGCCAAUGCUGCCAAGCACUCUAUUUUGCUAGAAGAACUGAGUGUGCUCGCCUUACGAGUUGGCGAAUAAAGCUUUCCCCUAAAAUGUAACGACUGGCAGAGUAGAUGAGCAGAUUAUCAGGGGAAUUAGCGAGGACGAGCUAAUGGAGCCUCAGUAAAUAAUGGCCUUGCGUUAUAAAAUAUACUGUAUUUGACACAAAACUCCAUAGUGUGUCAGUUUUGUUACAGCAGAGAAUUUUGUACAUUGGAACACUUAUGCUCUCUAACCUACAAUACAGUGUGCUAUGUUUUGCUUUUUUUUAAUGAAAUAUGAAAUAAAA